GUUAACCAGACGACUGGGAAAUGGACACUUGGCGCUUUGUUACACGUUGUCUGUUUCGUCGAAUGCGUAAAGUCACUGUAAAUACUCGAUUUUUCUCGCCGUUGAUGUUAUCUGUAAUGUUUCCGUCUCGUCAUCCAUAGCAACCGAGAGCUGACUAACAGAAACUACUGCUAAUUAAUCUACUCGUGACUCUUAUGAUUGGACCAAUAAGCUUGACAAGCCGGAGGUGAGCGAUAACGUCAAGGUGGUGGUGCGAUGUCGUCCGCUCAACCAGAAAGAGACGACGAUGUGCCACAAGCAGGCCGUCGCUGUGGACGAGAUCCGCGGCACCAUCACAGUCAACAAGCUGGAGACCCAGCAGGAACCGCCCAAAACAUUCACCUUUGACACGGUGUUUGGACCAGAAAGCAAACAGUUGGAUGUCUACAACCUCACUGCCCGGCCCAUCGUUGACUCGGUGCUGGCAGGGUACAAUGGUACCAUUUUUGCCUAUGGGCAAACUGGAACCGGGAAGACCUUCACCAUGGAAGGUGUGCGAGCAGUGCCAGAGCUCCGAGGGAUAAUCCCCAAUUCCUUUGCCCAUAUAUUUGGUCACAUUGCCAAGGCUGAGGGGGACACUAGAUUUCUGGUUCAUGUAUCAUACUUGGAGAUUUAUAAUGAAGAAGUGCGUGACUUGUUGGCCAAGGACCAGACACAGAGACUCGAGGUUAAAGAAAGACCAGAUGUUGGCGUGUAUAUCAAAGAUCUUUCUGGGUAUGUGGCGAACAAUGCUGACGACAUGGACAGGAUCAUGACACUGGGCAACAAAAACCGCUCAGUUGGUGCAACAAAUAUGAAUGAGCACAGUUCCAGAUCACAUGCCAUCUUCACCAUCACCAUCGAGUGCAGCGAGAAGGGUGUGGAUGGAAACCAGCACGUGCGCAUGGGAAAACUUCAUCUGGUUGACCUUGCAGGCUCAGAGAGACAGGGUAAAACAGGGGCCACAGGCCAGCGGCUCAAGGAAGCAACAAAGAUCAACCUGUCGCUCUCCACUUUGGGUAACGUCAUCUCUGCCCUGGUGGAUGGCAAGAGCACCCAUGUGCCCUACAGGAACUCCAAACUUACCCGCCUGCUGCAAGAUUCACUCGGAGGGAACUCUAAGACUUUGAUGUGUGCAAACAUAGGCCCCGCAGACUAUAACUAUGAUGAGACGAUCAGCACCCUGCGCUAUGCUAACAGAGCCAAAAACAUCAAGAACAAAGCCAGAAUCAAUGAGGAUCCCAAGGAAGCUCUACUCCGCAAAUUUCAGAAGGAAAUUGAGGAUCUGAAGAAGAAACUUGAGGAAGGUGAAGAGAUUUCUGGCUCGGACGGCAGCGGAUCAGAAGACCUCGAUGAAGGGGAUGAAGAAGGAGGGGACUCUGGACAAGGACGCAGGAGACGAAGAGGGAAGAAGAAGGUUUCACCAGAAAAGAUGGUGGAAAUGCAGGCCAAGAUUGAAGAGGAGAGAAAAGCUUUGGAGGCGAAGCUGGACAUGGAGGAAGAGGAGAGAAACAAGGCAAAGGCGGAAUUGGAGAAGCGGGAAAAGGAUCUUCUUAAAGCUCAGCAGGAGCAUCAUCUUCUGCGUGAGAAAUUGUCAGCUUUGGAGAAGAAGGUCAUCGUGGGGGGUGUCGACCUGUUGGCAAAGGCUGAGGAGCAGGAGAAGCUUCUGGAGGAGUCCAACAGUGAGUUGGAAGAACGCCGGCGGAGGGCGGAGCGCCUUCGCAAGGAGCUGGAGGAAAAGGAGCAAGAGCGCUUGGACAUUGAGGAGAAGUACACAAGCCUUCAGGAGGAGGCCCAAGGGAAGACCAAGAAACUGAAGAAAGUGUGGACCAUGCUGAUGGCUGCCAAAUCAGAGUUGGCAGACCUGCAACAGGAGCACCACCGAGAGAUUGAGGGCCUCCUGGAGAACAUUCGCCAGCUGAGCCGGGAGCUGCGACUCCAAAUGCUGAUCAUAGACAACUUUAUUCCUCAAGAAUACCAGGAGAUGAUUGAGAACUAUGUGCACUGGAAUGAAGACAUUGGAGAAUGGCAGCUGAAAUGUGUCGCCUUCACUGGCAACAAUAUGAGAAAGCAGACACCUGCUCCAGGCAAAAAAGAAAAAGAUCCUUUUGAGGUGGACCUGUCAUAUGUGUAUUUGGCUUACACAGAGGAGAGCAUGCAACAGUCACUGAUGAAGCUAGAGAGGCCCAAAACAUCGAAAAGCAGCAAGAGCGGCCGGCCCAAGACUGGUCGCAGAAAAAGGGCUGCAAAAGCAGAGGCGGCCAUCGAGUCCCCUCUGCAGUGAAGACAUGGCAGUGUCAAGUGGAGAAGUCUCUCGUUGAAUUAACUGAUUAGCUUUAGUCAAAAGAUGAUCUGAGUACACUGUAUAGCUGACACAGGUUUAAAUGUGACCCUGCUAUAAGAUGUGCUGCAUAUUAUAGUCCAUAGGAUCCCCAGCUUCACACAUAUGGUCACUUUGAAAUGCAUUUUCAACAGCUGUGGUGCCCUGGGAAGUCAUGGCAUGGCAACAUUUGGCUUUUUUUCUGCAACAGAGUGAUUGUACAGUAAUACUCAUCAGAGGUCACUGGACUCACCGUUAUUCUUGGUCUUAAACAUUUCAAGUGGUGCUUUAUUCUAUACAAAGAAGCAACAUCAGUCAAAUUAAAAGGAAGUUUUGAGUUCGUACAAUUUAUAUAUGAUAUGAAAAAUGACAGUUGAGAGGAUGUACUGUUAACUCCAAAAUGAUUUAUACUCCAGCCAAAUUUUGAGGUCAAUUUAAAUUUUAUUUGGUGAGUGGUUUUCUGUUUGCUAGAAAUGGCACACAAAAAAGGGCAAAAGACUGUUAAGCGUGGAUUUAAGAGACAGUUUUUUUCAUACUUUGUCUGAAUAUAAGGUUACCUGUGCUAAAUGCCUUCAAUAAUGCCAUUUUCUCAAAAUUCUCAAGUCAAAGUUAAUUUAUUUCAAUUUUUUUAUAAUGGACAUUAUAAAAACAUUGGACUAACCAGAUGAAAGUGUUUGACAUGUUUUAGCACAAAUGCUAAUUCUCACCACAGGACCCUGUUACAAGGGACAUAAGAUACGGACAAGUUAACUAGUUGAUAUUUAAAAUCGGUGUCAUGGCAAGUACAUUUUCCUUCGCACAGAGCAGCUCUCUCCAGGUUGCGAUUUUUCUUUUUUUUUUUAAAUGUCCCUGUCAAAUAUGUUUGAAUCAGUCCCCAGACUUGUCUCACUGAACAACGAAUACCAGAUUAUAGCUGUUUUGAGGAAAAGCUGGACUGUCCAAAAGAAGUCUUGAACAUUGGGAGGAUAGUUCUGACAUUUGGUGAUCAGGGUGAGAACAAUCAUGGCAAAAUUUUUUGCAGACAUUUAAAAAUGUUUCCAAAAGGAAAAGAAUCCUAAUACAACACAUAAGAUAAGAUAAGAUAAGAUAAGAUAUCCUUUAUUUGUCCCACAAUGGGGAAAUUUACAGCCUCCAGCAGCAAGAAUGUAUGUAGAAAGAAGAAGAGAAAAAAAACAACAACAAACAUCUUUCAAUUAAAUACAAUAUGAACACAAUGGAUAAAUCGCAGUACUAUUUACAAUUUACCUUCACAUGUUUUAAAUUGCAGUUUCAUAAGAACAUUUAACAAUCUUUUGCCACUUAUGUUGUAUCAUUUCCAACUAAGGGAUACUAAUUCAACAAAUGCAAAUGUAUAUUUUGCCCCCCCCCCCCAAAAAAAGCUGGUUUAACCGUAUAUCCUUUUCAUAUCAUUUAAGUCAGAAAUUACAAGUUUGUCCUCCAAUGACUCUGUCCCUCAAAAAGAGCAGCCCAUAGAACUUCCUUCAGCCCAAUAAGGAUAUCUUAUUUCCAGUAAAAGAUGUGAAAAUACAUGAACUAUAAACUGUAUCUGUAUGUUCUGAUAGUUGUUCUUGCACGCGCGUGAUGAAGACAAGCCAACUGUUUUAUUGAUUGAAAACUCAAUGCAGUAAUUUGCAAUGAUAAAAGAUCCUUCAGUCAAAUUCAAUAAUUCAAGAUUAUGGGAAAUGCCUCUCCUCUGAAGAGAGAUAUAGUUCGAAGUAUUUCGGUGAAAGUGCGCUUUCUACUAUGUGACGUGGGUCAGAAACUUUGGGAGUCUGCAUGCUAGCCAGCUCUGACGUUAGUGCCACUUUGUUUUAUUCUGAAAAGUUAAGUUGUAUUAUUGAGAUGCACCACAUUUACUGUAUGCCUUAGUACAAUGCACUUGUAUGAGGCUCUGUGAAGGUCAUAUUAAUUUCACGUGCAUGUUUAAUAGUGGAGGCAAACUGGCUUUUGUUAAUUAUCAUGAUGUAUGUCAAAUGUUUACAUUCACUCUGGAUGUUUUAUUUAUUAAAUUAUUUUACACACGUUUACCUCA